GAGAUAAGCACAGGAGCCAAAAGAGCUCUCUAGCUCUAACCCUAACAAGCACAAAAUCAAACGAUUGAAAGGGCAAAUCAAGCCCAAAUCGAAAUCUAAGCACAAAUUCGUGAUCACCUCGGAGAAGGGAUCAUAAGGCAAGGAAAUUGAAUCUUCAAGUGGACAAGCCCGGGCGGAUACACGCUUAAAGGGAACACUAUGAAGAUUCAAGAUGGCCAAUGAAGGCAAUGAUGAUACGGUGUCGAUAGUCACCGAACAGAUGAAAGAAAUGUCUGGUUUAACCGGGGGCGAAUUAGCAUCUCAAUUAACUAAAGAGAUGGAAGCUAAAAUUUCAGAAGAAGUCGGAAAGGCAGUAGAAGCCAGUUUACCGCCGUUUGUCGAGCGAUUACAAACCAUAAUCUCGCUAGUGGUGGAGGAUAUGAUAACUGAAUUAAAAGAUAGUCUCUCACAAGAAAAAGAUGACGGGAAAGUGUUGGAUGUGAACUCAAGUCCCGUAAAGAAAUCAAAGCCUAAUAAAGGUUCUAAGAAAGGAGUUAUAAGAAGGGGAUCACCUCAGUGUAAAAUAUGUGGAAAAACUCACAGGGGGAAAUGCUACCUUAGAGACAAACCAUGUCCUAUUUGUAGAGAAGUGGGACAUGUGGUUGCAAAUUUCCCAGGAGAAGUGUCAGUGUGUUAUAAAUGUUAUAAUCCGGGACAUAAAAGGUCUGAAUGCCCGGAAUUGGUCGGAACCAAAGAUAUAACUGACGUGAAGACUGAUACCCCGAAAGAGAAGGCAAGGUCUUCCCACAUAACAGCCGUAGAGGCUAAAGCUGAACCUGAUGUCAUUUCAGGCAAGGAAAUUGAAUCUUCAAGUGGACAAGCCGGAGCGGAUAUGCGCUUGAAGGGAACGCUCUAAAGGUUGUUAGAUUCAUCAUGCUUUGGAACUUGCUGUCUGGAGAGCGGGAAGUGACAUGGGGCAUGCCACAUGAGGAAACACGUAAAAUUUUGCAACUUAAAACAAUUUGGUUUCUAAUUAUGUUUAAACAAUAUAAACGCUUCCGCUGAACGUAAACUAUGUUGAAACAUUAUUUAUAAAAUUGCACUAUUCAUGUUGGACAUGAGAUUUGUAUUAA